AUGGGAAAAUUCGUGGAUCUCGACGACUUUAUCGAGUGGUUCAUCGCACGCAAGACAUCUGUUUGGGGCAUCUUUGCGUUUGGAAUCACGGCUUGCGACAGUGGGGGCAGAGUAGUCACUACACCCGACUCCCAGACCUGGGCCACGAUAGUCCUAUCGACGGAUGGACAACUGGGCGAGGCCGAGGCCAGCACGAUACUCCGGCUCCUCGAUGUUACCAUUGCGGAUAACAUGCUCAAGCAGCAGUUGCCUGGAAGACUAGCGUACCGCAUCGAGUCGAGCGGCAAGUCAUACCGAGCGAGAGCGUGCCGCGCAAAGAGCGGGCAGUUGAGCACGGCGGAGAUCAUCAAGCAGGGCGAGAUAGAGGUGACGAGCGAGGAGUCGGACGGCGAAACGACACGCCCUGCGACGCCCCAGGGCCUCGUAGAAAGGCAGGUGGUGGAAGUAGAGCUUGAUGCCGGGGGAUCUGAUGGUGACGGCUGUCACAAUUGA